CAUAUAGCAGGCGGGAAUUUGAACAAUCGUUUCAACCAAUCAGCGUCGUCUGGAACAUUCGGUAGCACUUGCUUAGAGGGGAGUUAGCUUCGCGUAGCAACUUUUGCUAUCCAGUAAUUUCCACGUUAUACAUUUUUAAAAUAUUUUUUUCGAAAAAACCAAGGCAUAAUAAUUAGGCUCCUUAAACAAAAGAAUCGUAUUCGUCUGAACGGCACCAAACUGAAGCGAUGACAGGCUCAAACGAGUACAAGCUGAACCAGGGACCAGAGGACAGCAUCUCUGCUGUCAAAUUCAGCCCCAGCACAGCUCAGUUCCUGCUGGUUUCCUCGUGGGACUGCACCGUCCGCCUCUAUGAUGUCGGGGGCAACACCAUGCGGAUGAAGUACCAGCACACAGCUCCAGUUCUUGAUUGUGCUUUUUAUGACCCAGCACAUUCUUGGAGUGGAGGUUUAGAUGCACAAUUAAAAACUCACGAUUUGAACACAGACCAAGAUACAAUAGUUGGAACACAUGAUGCCCCCAUUCGUUGUGUGGAGUACUGUCCAGAGGUUAAUGUCAUGGUAACGGGUAGCUGGGACAGAUCAGUACGGCUGUGGGACCCAAGGACACCCUGCAACGCUGGCACCUUUACUCAGCCUGAAAAGGUGUAUACCCUGUCUGUGGCCGGAGAUAGACUAAUCGUUGGCACAGCUGGAAGACGAGUCCUGGUGUGGGAUUUGAGGAACAUGGGCUACGUACAGCAAAGAAGAGAGUCCAGUCUCAAGUAUCAGACUCGCUGCAUUAGAGCCUUCCCCAACAAACAGGGCUACGUCUUGAGUUCAAUCGAGGGACGUGUAGCUGUGGAGUACCUGGACCCAAGCCAGGAGGUUCAGAAGAAGAAGUACGCCUUCAAGUGCCACAGGCUGAAGGAGGAUGGAAUUGAGCAUGUUUACCCUGUCAAUGCAAUUUCAUUUCACAGUGUUCAUAACACCUUUGCCACAGGUGGCUCAGACGGCUUUGUGAACAUUUGGGACCCAUUCAACAAGAAGCGCCUGUGUCAGUUCCACCGGUACCCGACCAGCAUUGCCUCGCUUGCCUUCAAUAACGAUGGCACCAUGCUCGCCAUCGCUGCCUCCUACAUGUACGAGAAGGGAGACAUCAGCCACCCAGAGGACGCCAUCUUCAUCCGCCAAGUCACAGAUGCCGAGACCAAGCCCAAGUCAACCUAAGUCCACCUCGGAAUGGUUCCCUCUGCGUAUGACGCCUUUAUCACAUUUGGGUUAUCUGCUGGCAUCCAGUGUACCAUUACAAUAUUGUCUCCUGUCAUUUAUUUCCAUUCCAAUACAACAGUUUUUCUUUCUUGUAAGUGAUGUUUGUUAGAAUCUUCUUUCCUUUUCUGGCUCUUGUUAAAUAUUUAAUUGUUUCAUGUAUGUUAUAAAAAAAAAAACAAAUGUUGUCUUGACUAAAACUGAUUCAUAUACACCUUUUUUGAAAUUUUGUUGCAUGGUCAUUUUGGAGUCACCAAACAUAAAUUUUUUGAUCAUUUUUGUCGACUCUUAAGAUGGACUUUUAAUUUCAAUAUGACACUGAAGCUGUCCUUGGAUCAGUCUUUUAGAACUGAUGUGAGCUUUUGAGUAUAAUAAUUAUAAUAAAAAAAUAAAGACCAAUAGCACAAA